CGUGACAGCUGAAGUCCCGCCCACAACAUUGGAAACUAGUGUAGUAGCGGCCGGCCAGCACGGGAUGGAGUCGCUAUGGGGUCGGUGCAGGAUGUGUACAGCAUGGCGGUGUGUAUGGGUUCCGAAUUGCAGCCCCUUGCCUUCCCACCAGAGGAGAGAGCAGGUGCUUAAAAUACGGCUCAUCUAUUGGUCUGGCGUAACGCUGCAGCCCUAUGGAAUGCUGGGUAGUGUAGUUCGAGAGACUUUUUCGUACCUUGGCAACGCGGGACAUCUACACUAUAGUCGCUAUUUCGUUCCCCAUAGCAACUGUUUGUUUGUCAGUAAGGAGAGGAAAGAGAGAAGCAGGAGAGGCUAUUGGCGACAUCUGCACAUACAGGCAAUCUGAUUCAGCACAGGAAGAAACAAAAUGGCUAAGCUGGUCCAGCUCCCACCAAAGUUCCUUCCUAAAGAAUGGAAUAUUGCCAACAAGACCUGUUAUGCCAAAGCAGAGUCCCAAAGAUCCAGAUCAGAGAGACUGGUCGCAGAAAGCCAGAGAUUAGUUGAUGAGAUUGAAAAGACAACUCAGAGAUCUCAAAAGGAUGUCAACAAGAAGCUAGAUCAAAGGUUGGAGGAGAUGCAGUUCUGGAAGAAGGAGUUAGACAGCAAGCUUGAAGACACCGUUAAUGAUAUAGCACAGCUGUUGGCAUAUAAGAUUCGCCUCGAAAAAGCUCUUGAAAGCUGCAGGGAACCAUUGUCUAUUGCACAACAAUGUCUAAUAGAACGAGAGAAAAGAAUUGGCAUUGACUUGGUUCAUGACGAGGCAGAACGGGAACUCAUCAAAGAAGUAGAAGUGAUUCAAGGAGUAAUGACUUUACUAGAGCGCACAAUAGAACAAAUUACAGAGCAAAUCAGUUCUGUAACACCCAUCGAAUGGGAGGAUUAUACCGAUACUAACAUUUUAAAAGCUGAAAAACAGAGGAACAAUGCAAUAGCGCUCCGAUCUCUGAUUGAUGGCAUUUUGUCGGAGACGGCCGGUGACAUGUGCAAGCAAUGCGACACAGUGAACUAUGCCUUGAAAAAUCGCAUACAGGAGACAAAGGAUGCUAAAAAUAAGCUGGAAGAGCAUCUGGCUAAGGUAAUGGAUGAGAUCAGCUCACAGGAGAAAAACAUAGACAUCCUAAAGAAAGCCAUAGCAGACAAAGAGGGUCCCAUGAAAGUGGCACAAACACGUCUGGAUACAAGAACCUUACGUCCCAAUGUGGAGCUGUGCCGAGACCCUGUGCAGUACAGGCUCAUCAAUGAAGUUCAAGAGAUAACAACCAACAUAGAACGACUCCGUGAAACUUUGAGUCAGGCAGAGACUGAACUGAAAGCUUUGAACCGUAACCAGCUUUCCCUAGAAGAAGAGAUCCAAGUAAAAGAAAAUUCCCUCUACAUUGAUGAAGUGAUAUGUAUGCAGAUGAGAGAAGCCAUUUCUAUAAAUGCAUUCUAGUACAGUCUUAUAAUUAUGGAGUGUUUUCCAGACUCCACAUUAUGUUAGAUAUUGACAUAAACCAUUAAAGAGCAAUCCGUGCAAA